AUGGCCUCCAGCUGGCCAGGCUUCCCCAAGCAGUGCCCCCCAAGGAGCAUCGGAAAACUCUUCCGUGACCAUGUUCGACAUCAAACCUCCCAGGUCUCCACUCAUGGCUUGGCAACCUUUGCAGCAGCCAUGUUUACAGCCGACGCCAUGGGUGUUUCGACGGUAGCGGCAAAACCUGCUCGAGCUGAAAGUCCGAAGCAGACCAGGUACGUGCUGCUGGCCUGUGGCAAACGUGCUGCUGUGGCAGUCCAAAAGCUGCGCUGGUCUGGGAUGCCAUUGGGAUAUCCACAUUUCAGGACUGUGAAAGUGGUAUGUGGCGUGGAGGUGGCUGGCUUGAUCGCCUCCUUCGCCUGGGUGUCGGCAUAUCUGGCGGCUGCAGCCACCGAGUGCACCAACACCUUGUAUCUGGACCGCUACUGCGCCUCAGACAUUUCGAGGGUAGUAGCAGCAACUGCCGAUAUUGCGCAAGCUUCCAAUGGUAUGUACACGGCCUGCACAUCGGAUCGUGUCUUCCGGAAGAGCAAGCGCAGACUCGCCAAGCUCCCUGCAGAUCCACGUGAUGUGAGAAUGGCAUCGGACACAGAGGAGUCAGAGGAAGGCGAGGAGAAGAUAAGCACUGUGAAGAAGAAUUUGCUGCAAGCCGAGUGUGGUACCAACGCUGCACAGGGCGCUCUGUUCAUCGGCCGCGCUGCUUUGGAGCUGACUGGCGUCAGCCACCACUGUGGAAUUGAAGAACACUGGGAUUUCUAUGAGACACUCAGGUGUGCGGCCUCAGCCCAAGGAAGCCUGGCCGCCUUUGCAGUGGCCAGCCAUGUGUUUGCUGAAGCCGUUGCUCAAUGCGAGGAGAGUGUGGGCAACUUGAAUCUUGAUGCCUAUUGCGCAGCCUCUGUGAGUCAAAUUGUCCAUGCGACCUUGGAACUCACCGCUGCGCUGACUCUUCUGGCAGAUUUUUGCACCUUGAUGAAUAAAUUUCCAUUUGGACGACCACAAGACAUCCGCGAAGACGGAAAGAUGUAUGCACACAUUUUCCAUCGGUAG